AUGUUGAUCCCCCGUUUGUCCCUCUCCCUCCUUUGGGCUGCCGUUGCCCUGGCGUCGCCCACCGGGACUCCUCCCGCGGGGGAUCCUGAGCGCAUUGCCACCAGGACCGCCACCGCCGUUGUCCCGGCCGGGACGAUACUGGGCAGUGCGAGGUUCGGCGUCGAGGCGUUCAACGGAAUCCCCUAUGCAGAGCCCCCUCUUGGUCCCUUGCGGAUGAAGCCCCCCGUGCGUCUGACCGAGUCGUUGGGCGUCUUUGAUGCCACUGGCCUGGCCCGCCCUUGCCACCAGCAAGUGGUUUCGACGGACAGCAAGAACUUCCUGCUGGACACGCUUGGCUCCCUUGCGAAUCUUCCAUUCGUCCAGACUGUCACUGGACAAACUGAAGACUGCCUGACAAUCAGUGUUGCCCGCCCCGAGGGUACCACCGCCGGAGACAAUCUACCAGUGCUCUUCUGGAUCUUUGGCGGCGGCUUCGAACUUGGGUGGACGUCCAUGUACGACGGCACGGGUCUCCUCAACCAUGCCAAGUCCAUCAACCAGCCAUUCGUCUUUGUCGCGGUCCAGUAUCGCGUGGCGGGAUACGGCUUCAUGCCAGGCAAGGAAAUCAUGGGCGAGGGCUCUGGUAACGCCGGCCUGCUCGACCAGCGCAUGGGCCUGGAGUGGGUUGCCGACAACAUCGCCGCCUUUGGAGGCGACCCCGACAAGGUAACCAUCUGGGGCGAGUCGGCCGGCGCCAUCUCGGUGCUCGACCAGAUGAUCAUGUACGAGGGCGACCACACCUACAAGGGGAAGCCGCUGUUCCGCGGCGCCAUCAUGAACUCGGGCAGCGUCGUACCCACGAACCCCCUCGACCACCCUAAGGGCCAGGCCGUGUUCGACAAGGUCGCCGAGACCGGCGGCUGCGGAGGCGCCGCAGACAAGUUGGCAUGCCUACGAGCUCUCAGCUCCAACGACUUUUUGAACGCCGUGACCUCGGCGCCCGGCAUCGUGUCCUACGACGCUCUCGCGCUGUCCUAUCUGCCCCGUCCGGACGGCAAGGUCAUCACCGUGUCACCGGACAUCCUGGCUCUGUCGGGAAAGUAUGCGCCCGUGCCCAUGAUUAUUGGCGACCAGGAGGACGAGGGCACCUUUUUCGGCCUGUUCCAGCCCAACCUGACCACCACCAGAGGCUUCGCCGACUAUCUCCAGUCGUACUACUUCCCCGGCGCAACCACCGAUCAGCUCGUACAACUAGUAGAAACGUACGGAACCGGUCUCUCCGCCAUCACCAACGGCAGCCCGUUCGGCACGGGACUCCUUAACGAGAUCACCCCGGGCUUCAAGCGCCGCGCCGCCGUGCUGGGGGAUCUCGUCUUCACGCUCAGCCGGCGCGUCUUCCUGGCCGGCGCAACCGCCACCCACCAAAACGUUCCGUCGUGGUCGUACCUGGCCUCGUAUGGCCGGGGGUUGCCCAUCUUGGGCACGUUUCACGGCUCGGAUAUUGUCCAGACCUUCUACGGCGUGCCGGACAACUACGCCGCCAACAGCAUCCGCACGUACUACUCCAACUUUGUGCACAAUCUGGAUCCCAAUGUCGGUGUGCAGGGCGAGUUUCCAAACUGGCCGCGCUGGUCCGAGGGGAAUAAUCUGGCGCACUUCUUUCGCGACAGGUCGACGCUGCUCAAGGAUGAUUUUAGGCAGACGUCAUAUGAGUGGAUUUCAAACCACAUCGCAGAGCUCCGGUUCUAG